UCUGUCUGUUGGAACAUACGUCAGAUAGAAGCCUGGGAUAUUCACACCUUAUCUAAAUUCGGGGUACACUCAUUUUUUGCUCUUGGGGAGGUUUUCGUGUUAUUUUGUACUUGGUAUAUUUAUUUAGGCUUGCACUGUUCAACUCAUCUGAUAUCGUUCUCCCGUAGCACGGCGGGGAUAUUCAGCUCCACUGCCUUACCCUGGUGGAACAUGGACGUUGUAUUAUGUAUUUAUGAUAUCUCAAAGGGCCUUGCUCGACAACUCUCACUUGCUAUAACUGGUACCCAGAUAGAUGCAAUAUAUCACACGUCUCUAGUAUUCGGGGGCGUGGAAUACUUCUUUGGUAGAGGGAUUCAGCAAGCGCCCCCUGGAACAACCCACCAUGGAGAACCCAUCGAGAUGAUCCACAUGGGUACUUCCCAGCUUCCAAUCGAGGUGAUAGUUGAGUACAUGGAGUCUUUAGCGGAGGUUUACACGGAAGAUUCCUACGAUCUUUUCCUCCGCAACUGCAACAAUUUUACACAUGAUCUCGCCACAUUCUUAGUUGGAAAGGGUAUCCCUGAUCAUAUCAGAAACCUUCCUGAGACUUUUCUGAACACACCCUUUGGCCAAAUGAUGAGGCCAUAUAUUGAUGGUAUGCUUCGCGGUGCAACUCAAGGCCCGGAGCGACCUUAUCCAGUUGCCGCAAACCAGCCUCCUCUCUUUGAAGCAAACGGCGCUACAAGACCCGUCACUGGGCACACGAAGCUUUCACACCCUGUGAAGAAAGGGUAUGUCCGCAAUGUUACAAGCAAUAGGGAGGUAGAGGAGCUCCUAAACUCUGCAAGGUCCUCGUGCGCAGUGAUCUUUUUCACCUCCGCAACGUGCCCACCAUGCAAAAUAAUGUAUCCGGUGUAUGAUGAACUUGCAGAAGAAGUUGGCGACAAAGCUGUCCUAAUCAAAGUGGAUUUAUCUCGCGCUUUUGAUGUCAGCACGAAAUACGGGGUCAGGGCGACGCCAACUUUCAUGACAUUUCUCAAAGGAAAGAAAGAAGGUGAAUGGAGUGGCGCGAACGAAGGUACAUUACGAGGAAACGUUCGACUUCUUAUCGAAAUGGCUUGGCCGCCUCAUCCUCAUAGGCGACUGAGGCUACCGAAUUUAGAACGUCCCAUAGGCACCUACGUGCUGUACAAGAAUAUCCCCCCGCUAGAUAAAUUGAUUCAAAAACUCGGCUCGACAGGCGAGGAACCUGCCCUUCAAGAUUUGGUCAAGUUCCUCAAAUCAAGAGAUAGUGGUGGCCCAGCGGACGCUGCACUACCAAACCUUUCCUUAUUGCAAGACUUCGUCAAAUCCAGAUUCUUGUCCCUCCCGCAGGCCGUUCAUUUUGCAAUUAUCGAUCUAGUUCGUGCCACAUUCUCCGACGCCCGUGUCAGUGGCUUCUUCGCAGAGGAAGAAGCACACCAAUCACUAUUAACUCUACUGGGCGGAGCCAGCAAUCUGUCCAGUUGCCCUUACAACCAGCAACUCGUAAUGACACAGCUGGCCUGCAACCUCUUCACGUCGCCCCUAUAUCUAGAUCAAAUAGUAUCCCACGACACUCUCCGCGAAACCUGCAUAAAAAUCGCCACGUCCUCCCUCCUUGCCACACAGGUCAGUCUGCGCGCAGCUGGCGCAUCGUUCAUGUAUAAUCUUGCGGCGUUUAACCAUAAUGCGAGACUGGAUGAGGCGCCAGAUCGGCUGUCGGAGGCGGACCAGGUAGAACUGGUUGCGUCGCUGCUUGAGGCUAUCAGGCUGGAGACUGAGAGCGUGGAAAGUCUUCAUGGUCACCUAUUAUCCCUGGGACUGUUUGUAUACCUUGCGCCUAUUGAUGGGGAGGUCAUGGACUUGUGCAGGGUGAUGAAAGCUCAGGAGAUUGUGAAAGAGAAAGCGCAAGCGAAGCCGUUUGCAAAAGAGCCACUUCUUAAAGAAGUAGGACAGGAACUUCUAGGGAAGGGCUUGAUCUCAACUUAACGAUUCUUGGUAGGGAGGAGGAGGGAAAUGAUCACUUGCUUGUUGAAGCUUUCGCUUUCCCCCUCUUUUAGAGCAUUCACCAGCGCCGUUUUGUUUUGAGCUUUCCCAAUCCCCCUGGUUUCUUUGUAUGUCCCCCACCGCUCAUGAUGAUAUUUAUUCUUUCUUUAUAUCAUACCCCAAAUGCUUGUGGAUUCCCCACUCGAUUGGGUCCUUUAUAGAGUCUAAGCGUUACUCCUUUUGCUCUCUUCGACAAUCAGCACUGUAUCUACUGCUAGUAACCCCCUGAAGCUGACAGGGACGGCAUUCUUUGUAUGGUCAGUGAAUUGUCGUAAGCGCGGAUUAUGUAGGGUUAGGACAUUAUAAAACCACUUUCGUAGAUGACAAUGAUACUCGCGCUGAAGUCAUUGGCUUGCUCUGGUUGCGUUCUAGUGUCAGGGGAGCCUAUUUGCACGAAAGUUAUCGAUUUUGACAACUGCUGCUCGAUUGGCGGGCCCAGAAUCCCCAAUGAAGAAUUAUCUACGACGGGAGCCUAUCGCUAACGUAGUGUUUCAAUAUAAUCCAUUCAAUCCCAAUCUUCCAAGCAGAAAACCAGAAAAUUCUUGCAAAACGCCAUUUAUUCCAUCCCCACAAAAAAUCCGGAACUGUCGUCUCAAGGUUUCCCAUCACCUAGCUGCGCCGUGAAGACUUGAAUGCCACUGGAAAAUGUUGGUAUAAAAUAAAAUACAGAAUAUAAGGGCCUCAUGGGAAAGAUAACAAAUACCGACCCGAAAAGAAACACAUGAAAUUUUCUUCACCAACUAUCAAAAUUGCCAAACCCACCACCUCCACUCGCAGCUUUGAAUUUCUUUCUCACAUGUUCAGGCUCGGGCUCCUCAUCGACAAAUUCUACAAUUUCGUCUUCACCAGCCUUUGUCUGAGCUUCGGCAGCGGCGGCGGUGGUAG